AUGCAAAGAGAUAAUCCGUCUAUUAUUCGGUAUCCAUCCAGAAUUCUCAUUCAUUGUCGGGAUAUAUGUUCAAAGACGAACGUAGCUUUCCCCAGCUGUACCCGAAGAAUUCGUGUGCAGUUGCAAGGGAGAGCUCAUAACGCACAGGAACACGAUCACAAAAUCCAAAAAUUAUCGUCGCAAAAUGUUGCGACUGGUGUCAGGACUAGUGGUCCGAAAUAUGUGGCAGCUAAGCAGAUACUGACUCAACUAUCGCGAUUCAUGCAUUAUAGGAUUCAGAACUUUAAGGGAGCCGGAUUUCCACUCAUUUCAAUCCCAUUAUUUUUGGGUAUAGCAAAAUGA